AUGGCAACACAUGAGUUGCAACGACACCUCAAGCGAUUAAAUAAGCCUGCUAUCAAGAGCAUCAAGAGCCCAGAUGGAGAUAUCAUAGACUGCGUCCAUAUCUCUCAUCAGCCUGCCUUUGAUCAUCCUUUACUCAAAAACCACACUAUCCAGAUGAGACCAAGUUUCAACCCAUUUAGCCUAUAUGACGCGAACAAGGUGGAAAAGGAAACUAGCUCCAUAACUCAGCUUUGGCAUCAAAAUGGGAGGUGCCCCAAUGACACCAUCCCUAUUAGAAGGACGAGAAAGGAUGAUUUGCUGAGGGCCAGCUCCAUCGAAAGAUAUGGGAAGAAAAGCCACGGUGCAAUACCUAAUGAUGUUUCUGUAUCGCAUGAUGGCUAUAUACAUGAGCAUUCGUUUGCUGUUGCGAAUGGACAGCACUAUGGGACGUCGGUAUUCAUGAGUGUGUGGAACCCAUACGUCCAUGAUCCCCUCGAGUUCAGCAAUACUCAGCUCUGGUUGUUUGGGGGGCCUUGGGAAUUUCUCAAUACCGUCGAAGCUGGCUGGCAGGUAUAUCCAAAUCUGUAUGGAGAUAAUAGAACGAGACUAUUUACUUACUGGACUAAUGAUCGGUAUCGUCAAACAGGCUGCUACAACCUGCUCUGCUCUGCGUUUGUUCAAGUCAGCAACAAGGUAGCGUUGGGCUCCUCCCUCAAGCCCGUUUCUAACUAUGAUGGUCAGCAAUAUGGUAUUCUUGUUGUUGUCUAUAAGGAUCAAAAAACAGGGAAUUGGUGGUUACAAUUUGGGAACAAGUUGGACAUCGGCUACUGGCCUGCUUCCUUAGUCAAGCAUUUGCCGCAUGCCGCCGGGGCAGCAUGGGGAGCAGAGAUUAUAAACUUAAAUAUAAGUAGUGAGCACACCUCUACAGUGAUGGGCAGUGGCCAUUUUGGAAAAGAAGGUUUGCGCAAGGCGAGUUUGUGCGGGAACAUUCACAUACUUGACGAGUCCUUAAAUAUAAAACAACCUCCAGAGAUUACCUUAAUCGCUGAAUCACCCAACUGCUAUGAUGUGGUCCGAGCCCCCAAUUCCGAAGAUUUGGGAACUCACUUCUUCUAUGGGGGUCCUGGGAAAAGUCCCAAUUGUCCGUAGAAACCCCGAACUGGACGUGCGGUGUGAGACAGACGCCACCAUUGGAAGAAUUAGACCCAAAUGUGGGCACGAGUUGCAUGAUUGCGAAAGUAUGUGUAUUUUGCUUAUUAAAUGAUAAAAUGCACCGUGCGUCGUGCGGAAGAGAGUAAAAUGCGGUCACUAAAUUUCUAUCUCUUGAUAUGUACUACUUAAUUACCACAUUAAUAACUCGGGCUCCGUUACAAAGACAAGUUGUUAAUGCCGGAUUUCGGUCAAGGAAGAAUACUAAUUGUAUGCCUACUCCCCAGAUCAACCAAAACCUCAUCCUUUCUGCUGUCCCAUGUAGCGGCUCGUUGGCUUCCAUUUGUGCCAGUUUGGCUUGACUUGA